AUGCUGUGGGUAAAGUGUGCUUCACCUGGGCUCCGAAUAGCACGGAAGCUUCAUACAGUAAACAAAAAGAGUAAUUUCUCCAAGAUAUUUUUGGCUACAGGUGGUUUACUAGCGACAGGAGUGAUAGGCUGCUAUCUAGGUUAUAGAUGCUUUAAAGGCAAGGACAACAACUCUGAGUUAUCCCCAUCUCAUUUCGUUAAAUAUGAAAUUUCACACAAGCAAGACAUCGAUUCAUCGCAUUUUUUACUCGAGUUAACUCCACUAAUUAGGCAGAAUGUAAAUAUGUGGUCACUGAUGACUGCAGAAAACCUAUGGUCUGUUGAAGUCAAACAACCGGAAGUCAUGGUGGUCCGUAGUUAUACGCCCCUACCGCUUCAAUUUAACCCAGUUUCAAAAGAAUUGGAAAUCUUGAAAGACGGUGACAAUGCUGAUGGGAAAUUAUGUUUUUAUAUCAAGAAGUAUGAAAACGGAGAGGUUGCGAGAUGGCUGCACCAACUUCCUAAGGACCAUGUGAUUGAAAUAAGAGGCCCAUUUAUUGAUUAUGAGUUUCCGCAUUUGUCGAAUGAGUCCAAAAGAUCUCGUGAGUGUUUAUAUACGAGCAGAAGCAAUACCGAAAUCCCCAAUGAAGAUGAGGAUUCAAAAUUCACUUAUCAGCCCUAUGACAUAAUGAUGUUUACAGCCGGUACUGGAAUAGUGACCGCCUUACAAUUGCUCUUGACAGAAUCACCAUUCAGAGGCAGUAUCAAAUUAUUCCACACAAGUGAAAAUAUUCAGCAACUGGGGCCUUUAAAUUCUAUUCUUUUGAAACUCCAGGCGUCAAACAGGGUCCGGUUACAAGUUUUUGAAUCAGAUAAGCAAACAAGAAAUAAAAUAUUAGAAGAUAUCGGGAAAGCUAUACCUAGACCCUCUUCAUAUAAAGGUAAGCUGCCAUUCUCUAGUAUCAGUGGUAGAGGCUUUGAGCCUAUAUUGGCGUUGGUGUGCGGUCCAGAAGGUUAUAUUAGUAGCAUAUCUGGGAGAAAAUUGGAUCUUAAUCAGGGACCCAUAAAGGGCUUGUUAGCCGCUAAAGGUUGGAAUUCCGAAAAUGUCUAUAAGCUUUCAUGA